UAAGUCUAAGAUCCAGAUGCGACAGGGUCAGUUCCAAUCGUCUCAACAAAAUGGAAGUAUUUGGUGAAAUAAGUGCUCAAGAAGUAGACUCACUAGUGAAACGUUACUGUGAUUAUAAACUUCAACCGUUCAAGGACUUCGAAAUCCUCAAACAUACGGUUCGGACUCUGGGCGAUAGUCCUCAAGGAUUUCUUGGCGCUCACUACUAUUUGGAGAUCCACCUUGGCAAAGCAUCGACAUCACAAAACGAGAAAGUCAAAUUAAAAUAUUUUGUAAAAAAGGUUCCAGGAAAUGUUGAGUCCUUCAUGCAAUACAUCGAUGACAUCCAGGUCUUCAAAAAGGAAUGCACUCUUUUCAAAGAGCUUCUCCCCCGUCUACAGGAUGUCAAUUUAAAAUAUGGAAAAUUUUGUCCAGAGUGCUACUUAGUGGAUGAGAAUCUCGUGAUAUUGGAAAACUUAGCAGAUAAGAAGUUUCGAAUGGGUUCACCACAAGGUCAACUUCUAGAUUAUCCACAUCUUUUGUGUGCUAUGAAGACAUUGGCCAAUAUGCAUUCGGCAUGUGUUGUCCUUGAAGGAAAGUUACAGAGUCAAUUGAUAGACUUGUAUCCUACAUGUCUUACUGAAAAUUCAUUCCCUGGUUGGGAUAAAAGUAGCCCCCGGAAUACCUCUCUUCUAACCGCACUCAAAGCAAUUUGCUCCCUCAUUGAAGUAAUCCCCAAAUACAAGGACUCUCCAGAGUUACCUAAAAUUUUAGAAGGAUUUCAGAAAAAGUUCCUACAAAUGCCUGAAUUCGUCCGAACAUCAACACGGUUUCGCAACGUCCUCCUUCAUGGUGAUCUUUGGGCGAAUAACCUCAUGUUCAAAUAUGACAGUACCGGAUCUCCAGUUGAUUGCAGAAUAGUCGAUUUUCAACUAAGUCGAUACGGACCACCUGUCUUGGAUAUCCUUACUGUACUGAGCGCUGCCACGACCAGUGCCUUUCGCAAGAUAUAUUUCGACGUCCUCAUCGAAAACUACUAUCACUUUGUCGAUGACUUUCUUACCGCCCAUGAUAUCAACGUGAAUGAUCUGUUUACGAAAAUCGAAUUUAAGGAAAGCGUCAAUUACUACAGAAUAUUUGGACCACUAAUGAGUUGCUAUAUAUCACACGAAACUUUGCUGCCCAGUGAAAUCACAAAGAGUUUAUACACAAAUUCGGAGAUGUUCAAAGAAUUUGCUACUGGAGACCGUGGCAAACUCUGUAGGAAGGCUUUUGAAAUCGAUCCUCUGUACAGGGAAAGGAUGUCUGACAUGAUCAUAGACAUCGUUGACAACUUUAUUUUGAAAGAAUAUUGUGAAUAUAACUAUUAGAAUUUAAGAAAUAAAUGAAAAGAAAUGGA